AUGUCUAUUCAAAAAUCAUUUAUUCAAUUUACAGAACAUAAACAUAAUGAUACAAUGAAUCCAUUACAAUUUUAUUCAUAUUUUACACCAUUUAAUCAAACAAACAUUAAUUUAUGGAAUAAUAAUAAUCAUUUACAAUUAAUAACAACAACAACAUAUGAUCUAUUUAAUUCUAUUGAACAUUUAAAAAAUGAAGAAAAUUUAUGUAAUAAUAGUACAAAUUUGGAUAAUAUUACAAAAACAAUUGAAGAAACAAAUCAAUUAUCCAUGAGAAUACCUUAUUUGUUUCCAGUUGGUUGGGUUCCACCACCGCCACACAUUCUGUUAGCUUAUUUACAAGCAAACAAACUACUUCGACAACAACAAGGACAAUCCCACCAUCAUCAUUACCACGAACAUGAAACACAACAGCGGUCACAAUGUUAUGCGGGACAAUUACAAUCGAUACCAACUAACCAUUACAUCACGAAUCAAGCAAUACCAAACAAUACACAAGAAUCAUCAAUCUCCAGUGAACUAGUAAAAACACCGUUUAGAAAUUCUCUUGAUUAUUUUAGUACAGAUCAAAUAUUGAACAAUGAUCAUGUACAAAGUUAUGAAUAUUUAAGAAAUUCAGAAAUUUUGAAUAACAGAAAAAAUAAUCAGCUCUUAAAUAGUGAACAACAAAUUAUAACAAUUCAGCAAGAUGUUGUUCAGCUGGUAGAUGAUCAUAAAUCUUUGUUAACUAUGGAUGAUUUAAAAAAUCAUUCAAACAAAUGUGAACCAACUGUUUUACAAAUUAUUAAACAAACUAAAAAAGAACAGUAUCAAGUGAUUUGCUCAAAACCAAUUUUAUCUGGAACUUUAUUGGGACCAUUCUCUAUGAAUGAAUGCUUUAAAAUGAUUGAAACAGUUAAUCAACCAUGUGUACACAAAAGUGCGAAAUUACUUUCUAUAAGUGAUAUGCAGACAGUUGUAGAUAAUUCGAUUCUUAAUACUUUACAAAAUACAACUAUGUUAUGGAUGACAUUGGUUCGUGAUGUUUCAACUCAAACAGAACAAAAUAUUAUCGUCAAUACUAAUUUAACCCAAUCGAACAUUAUGAUUAUAUCUGUAAUGGAUAAUUUAAAAACUACCAAUAAUACUAAUAAUGAUGUUUUAUUGGGUAAUGAUUCUCAGCUCAUGAAUACAUUCAAUAAAUAUAAUGGACAAAGAUUAUUUUAUUUUAAAACUCAAAGAUAUAUUCAUACUGGUGAAGAACUUUUAUUAAAUGAAAAGAACCCAUUACAUGAUAUGUUUCUGCUUAUCAAUGCAAAUAUAAAACUAUCUAAUUCUUCUACCAAUCCAAAGUCUAGAAAACUGUAUACAAAACAUGAUUCUCAAGUAUCAAAUCCUUAUUCCCAAUACCCUAAUAUUGGUCAGAGCAUAGUAGAUUUAAACAAAAUAGACGCAAAUAAUUUAAAUAUAAAAAAAUAUAUGAAUAAUUCAACUAUACCUGACUUGAUAUUUCAACAACAAAAAACCAAAAAUUCAAAUUUGAAUACAUCGCUAGGCAAUCCAUUGGAUAAAUCAUGGAAUGAUAAAGAUAAUUUGUCGAAAUUAUCUGGAAAACGAUAUCAUAAGAAAACGAAUAUAUCGCCCAGUGAAGAAUCAAUGAAAUCUGCCUUUUCCUAUGUUUCAUCACCUAAAAUAUCCAACGAUUACACUUUAAUCUCAUCUCAUUCAAACUAUCUUAAAAAUCAUGCUACAGAAUAUUCAAAUGAUAAUCAGCAAUUAAAACAAAUGAUGAAUGGUGUUCAAGGACAACUGGAACCUGCUCAUAUGAUUGAAACAAGUCCAGCUCAUGAAGGUUAUACUUGUGAUCGUUGUGGAAAAAUGUUUGCUUAUCAAUAUUAUCGGGAUAAACAUUUGAAAUAUACAAGAUGUAUGGAUCAAGGUGAUAGAAAGUAUCCAUGUAAACUUUGUUCUAGGUCAUUUGAAAAACGUGAUCGACUAAGAAUACAUGUAUUACAUGUUCAUGAAAAACAUCGACCACAUAAAUGUCAUUUAUGUGGAAAGAAUUUUAGUCAAUCAUCAAGCCUAAAUAAACAUUUACGUGUACAUAGUGGUGAACGUCCUUAUAAAUGUUGUUAUUGUAAUAAAGCAUUUACAGCCAGUAGUAUUCUGCGUACUCAUAUUCGACAACAUUCAGGAGAGAAGCCUUUUAAAUGUAAAUUUUGUUGGAAACCGUUCGCUUCACAUGCAGCUCACGACAGUCAUGUACGGAGAACUCAUUCGUCAGAGAGUAAACUAAUGAAUGCAAAUCAGACUCCUCAAGUAAAUAACAUCUCGACAUCAUCAAUUGCUGAUUCAAAUAUACACUGGAAUGAAAUUUUAAAUCUGUAA